AUGGGAGAGGCUCCAAAAUCCACCCAAAUCAUCGACCUCCAGCCCCCCGGGGGGUCCCUGCGCCUCCUCUGCCGCGCCUCGGGGUUCACUUUCGGGAAUCACGGAAUGUUCUGGAUCCGCCAGGACCCGGGCAGGGGGCUGGAGUGGCUCGCGGGGAUCAGCAGCAAUGGUGGCAGCACCUACUACGCGCCGUCGGUGAAGGGCCGGGCGAGGAUCUCCAGGGACAACGGGCAGAGCUCGGUGACGCUGGCCAUGAACGGCCUCAAGGACGAGGAUUCCGGCUCCUAUUUCUGUGCCAAAUAUGCCGGUGCUGGUGGUUAUUGGGGUGCUGGUGCUGGUGGUUGUUGUGAUUCCUCCGCCGAUGCUCCGGACCCGGCAGAGCCCGACGGGGAGCGCGGCGGAACAACAAUCAAUCAAAAAUCCACCCAAAUCAUUGAUCUCCAGCCCCCCGGGGGGUCCCUGCGCCUCCUCUGCCGCGCCUCCGGCUCCGAUUUCGGGAGUCACGACAUGUUCUGGAUCCGCCAGAGACCCGGGCAGGGGCUGGAGUGGGUCGGGAGCGUCAGGAAGGAAGGCUGGAGCUCCGUGUACGCGCCGUCGGUGAAGGGCCGGGCAACGAUCUCCAGGGACAACGGGCAGAGCUCGGUGACGCUGGCCAUGAACGGCCUCAAGGACGAGGAUUCCGGCUCCUAUUUCUGCGCCAGAAGUUUCCGCGGUGGUUACAGCGGUGCUGCUCUCCUGGGCCCUGAUUGGCCGAGCCGGCGCGGAGCCCGCCGCCGGGAGAAGCGGAUCGGCGUCGGAUCCGGGGGCCGCGCCAGAGCCUUGGCCAAAUUCCCGGGAUCCUCGGUGUUUUUGGGGUGA